AUGUCCCGCACCAGCGGCCCAGUUCCCCUACCAAACGAUCCCUCACAGGCUCGGGACUACGAGGGAACUUUCACCCAGAACCGCUACAGUCGCUCCCACGCCAUGAUGCAAGCGACCAACUCCAAUAUCCAGCACAAGGUCGCAAAGCUGCAGGUAAACUCGCUUCGGCUGAAGCGCGAGCUCUUCCUUCUGCAUCGACACAUCAAAGCGUUUCACCACCCGCUCCUCGAGACCUGGGAAGCGGACAUGCUCACUCGUCUUAUUGAGGUGGUGUGUACACGCCAAUGCCUCAGGUUGCCAGGUGGGAUCUCCGUUGGCGAUGCUUUGUUCGUGGAACGGGAUCUGCUCUCUCGGGCGUACAGCAUUGCGGCGCGGCGUAUUCGUAUUGAUGCCCUCUGGAGCCUUGGUCUUUCGGACAAGUACCAUGAGGCGCUGAAGCGGUAUGAGGAGGUGGCUGUCUAUCGAAGCCCCAACCCAUUCCAGACCGAAGCGCCGUUUGCUCGCUGGUUGGUAACCGAAAAGGAGAAACGACCCCAGGUGUACGAGUUCUGGUCGAAAUUCUUCCCCGUGUGCUGUGGCCGGACCGUGGAGCAGAGCAGUGCCCUCUAA